GCGGCGCAGGCGCGGGGCCGAGCGGAGGGGACGCGCCCGCCAUGGAGUCGCGGGGGAAGGAGCCGCAGCCGCCGAACAGAAUGGGCAUGGGGGACUCCAAUCCAGCAGCAGUCCCACACGCCGCUGAGGACAUUCAAGGAGAUGACAGGUGGAUGUCACAGCACAAUCGGUUUGUCCUGGACUGCAAAGACAAGGAGCCCGACGUGCUCUUCGUGGGGGACUCCAUGGUGCAGUUGCUACAGCAGUACGAGAUAUGGCGAGAGCUCUUCUCCCCGCUCCAUGCAUUGAAUUUUGGGAUUGGUGGAGACACCACGGGACAUGUUCUAUGGAGACUGAAGAACGGUGAACUGGAGAACAUCAAACCCAAGGUCAUUGUUGUUUGGGUUGGAACAAAUAACCAUGAAAACACAGCAGAAGAAGUCGCAGGGGGAAUUGAGGCCAUCGUGCGCCUGAUAAACACCCAGCAGCCACAGGCCAAAGUGAUUGUGCUGGGCCUGCUACCUCGUGGAGAGAAGCCAAACCCGCUGCGGCAGAAGAACGCCAAGGUGAACCAUCUGCUGAAAGCCUCGCUCCCCAAACUGCCCAACGUGCAGCUGCUGGACGUGGACGUGGGCUUCGUGCACUCGGAUGGCACCAUCUCCUACCACGACAUGUUCGACUUCCUGCACCUGACGGGCGGGGGCUACGCCAAGGUCUGCAAGCCCCUCCACGAACUGAUCAUGCAGCUGCUGGAGGAGACCCCUGAGGAGAAACGAGCUGCCCUGGCCUGAGUCGCUGCUGUCAGCGUGGAGAGCAUCAUCCAGCCCAUCAGAUCAGUUCUGUCACUGGCACUACAGAAUCCUUCUUUCUUAAAGCACUUUCCAUUGUAGAAUGUUACCGCCUGUCCGUACCUAGUGUUUUGAGGGGGAAGGCUCAUGUUUAACUGGUCUUGUACAUACGAGGGCCGGCUGGGUUGGUUUUAUUGCAGGAGGAAAUUAGCUGAAGAAGAGUUUUACUUUUAAACCAUUCCUCAUUUAAAACGAGAACAGGACUGUCACUCUGUGCCCCUCUCAUGUCUUGUUGCCCUGUGGUUGUCCUAGACCCCUUGUAGCCUGUCCGACAGCCCGCUCCUGGCUCACCGUUCCUGGCUGCAGCCAUCGUGCUCUGUGUAUUUGCCUGGGAACAAGAAUCACAUUCCACUUGCAAAAGCCAGAACAGAUGCAUUUUUCCAAACUCAGUUCCACCUUUUAGGCAGUUUUGGUUUGGUGGGGUUUUUGUGUUUGUUUUGUUUUUUUUGGGGGGUGGGUGUUUGUUUAUUUGUUGUUUGUUUGUUUACUGAGGGGGCGUUAAAUGACAAGUGUUGCUUUCUCACUCCUUUCUGAAGCAGCUUGAAACUGGAAUUCAGAAAUUUAAAGAAGCAAACAGUUACCUGAA